AUGUCCGACUUGCCACGACUUGUCCACGAAACCAGUCCUGCGUCGUCUUCGCCCUCAGACCGGGCCUUCUCUCCAUCUUGUCCCUUUUGCGCAAUAACAGGGACGUACCCGUCAGUCUCGCCAAUAUCGGCACCCGACGACGCGGCGUCGAAGCUCGACCCCGAAAAGCUGGACCCGCCUUCAUUCGUGCUCUACUCCAGCGAGCAUGUCGUCGCAUUUUUGGAUAUCAUGCCCUUGACAAGAGGGCAUGUAUUGGUGGCGCCUCGGAAGCACCGUGUCAAGGUUGGAGAUUUGAGUCCUGACGAGGGCGCUGAGAUCGGGCGAGUUCUCCCUGUUCUGGCCCGGUCAGUGCUCAAGGCUGUAUUGCCCGACAUACCGCAUGAAGACGCCGAUUACAACGUUGUGCAGAACAACGGGCCGGGAGCUGCACAGGUUGUGCCCCAUGUACAUUUCCAUAUCGUGCCGCGUCCGCCCCUGAAUUACAAAUAUCCGACCAACAACACCCCCGCAUCCUCGAAGAAAAAGUAUCCCCGCAAUCCGCAGCCUUCAGGUCGUCAAGCGACAGCCAUUCUUUUCGGUCGUGGGAUGCGUGAGGAUUUGGACUAUGAUGACGCGUCGAUACUGGUUGACGCCAUGCGAGCAGCUUUGAAGGAGGAAUGGCAGGCGAGCCUUCCAACUCCAAGUGGAACGGGAGACACUAUCGCAAAGGAACCUUUAGACAGAGAUACAGAACUCAGCGGCAAUGGUGGAGGUAGUGGCAGAAGAGGAGCCUGGAAAGUCUGA